CUCCAAUCCCCAAAAUUCUUCCUUAGGCUUAUCAUCUCUUUCUACGUCGCCCUCUUGUGGGACGAUUCUUGCCAUAUCUAUAACGAUAGCAGUCCUUCCAAACAAGCCAUGAAUGUCGUGGACUUGAGCUCCUCCUUGAGCGAGCAAAACAGCGAUGGAACCGACAAAACAACCCCGGAUGCAACAGCUAGCGGCAAAACUAUCCUGGAGAUAGUACCUGAUGGCGACAUUUAUGUGAGCGUGGGGGAUGACGUUAAUGGGACCUUGGGGGAUGACAUGAAUGGGACCGUGACAUAUCUCGUCCGCGCAGCAACGCUGGAGGCAAUGAGCGACCUCUGGGCCAUACUAGUUCACGAUGCAAAUUUGCAUGGGCAAUCGACCUACCGCGGAGAACAAAUAAUCGAAGACGAAACCGUUCCGACCGGGGCCGAAAACGACGCGUUAUCACCGGCGACCCUCAGCGAUCGUGGGAGCAUGCCGGAAAUCUUCCUACCCUUAGAUUACCACGAGACGAUCGCAAUCACUCUCAUAGCCGCCCAUCAUCGGAACUGGAUGCUCCCUUCAGCGAUCGACGUAGAACUUCUCGGCGAGCUCGCCGUUCAUUGUAGGACAUUUGGUACGGAAUAUCUUGUCACACAAGUUGCAGAGCCUUGGAUAGAAAGGCUUGCGUCAUCGGCGUUAGAGCGUGGCUGCCACCGAUGGCUACACAUCGCAUGGGUAUUCCAGUUAGACUGUAUCUUCGAGGCCCAACUAGAUUACUGGAUCUGGCAUUCUACAGGCAAUGCAGUCCAAGCGGGGCUGUUUGGACCAGAGCUUGCACACCAUGGCAAACUUGGGCGAGACUUGCAGGGUAAGGGCUCAGUCGAGGGUUAAACAUGUGGCUAUGCUGACGGGCUAGCUAUUGAAGCUGCCAUUUCCCAGACCCGACACGAGCUCCUGACCAAGAUUUCAAAGAUCUGUCAAGACUUUCUAAGCGAAAGUUACUUCGAGGAUGAAUGGACUUGCCUAGGAUGCAAUUUCCAGGAGGAAUGUUGCCAGCACGCAUAC